CUUGCAUUAAGGAUGGAUCGUCCUGCUUCUCUUACGGAUACCAGUACCUCCGAGCAAAGGAGGAUAUAUGAGAAGUGGGACCGUUCAAACCGCAUGAGUCUUAUGAUCAUUAAGCGCGGCAUACCUGAGGCUUUUAGGGGUGCGGUGUCCGAGGAGGUCACCGAUGCCACAACUUUCCUUGCUGAAAUUGAGAAGCGCUUUGCGAAAAGCGAUAAGGCGGAAACAAGUACUCUUUUAAAGAAACUUAUUUCCAUGAAGUUUAAGGGCAAGGAAAAUAUAAGGGAGUACAUUAUGGAAAUGUCUCACCUUGCUUCAAAGUUGAAGGCACUAAAGCUUGAGCGUUCAGAUGACUUGCUUGUGCAUUUAGUGCUUAUCUCUCUUCCUCCACAAUUAAGUCAAUUUAAGGUUAGUUACAACUGCCAAAGGGAGAAGUGGACUCUUAAUGAGCUCAUUUCAUUUUGUGUUCAAGAGGAAGAAAGAUUGAAGCAAGAGAAGACUGAAAGUGCUCAUUUGGCAAGCACCUCUAAAGAUAAGGGCAAGAAAAGAAAGAAUGAGGUUGCUAAGGAUAAAGGUCCUGCACAUAAGAAACAAACUCAAGCCAAUAAUGAUGAUGCUUGUUUCUUUUGUAACAUGAAAGGACACAUGAAGAAGGAAUGUGCUAAGUAUAUUGCAUGGCGAGCAAAGAAAGGGUUGCCUGAGUUACCGAAAGCCAAAUGAUGCUGAAAGAAGCAUUUAUGUGGGAGAUGGCAAGUCGGUAAAUGUGGAAGCAAUAGGGCAUUUUAGGUUGUUAUUAAGUACUGGUUACUAUUUGGAUUUGAUAGAUACUUUUGUUGUACCGUCAUUUAGACGGAAUUUGGUUUCUGUUUCUUGUUUGGACAAAUUAGGUUAUUGUUGUUCAUUUGGAAACAAUUGUUUUAGUUUAUCUAUUAAUUCAAAUACUGUUGGAACUGGUUCUCUUACGGUUUAUGACAACUUAUAUUUGCUUGACACCGUUGCUUCUUAUAAUGAAACCUUGAAUGUUGAAUCACGUGGUACUAAGCGUAAAAUGGAUAAUGAAAAAUCAAGUUCCUUAUGG